GGCUGCUGUUCGACUUCGCUGCAACGAGUCGCUUGUUAGUUUCGACGGCUUUCCCUUCCAGUCGGAUCGGAAGUCACGACAUUUCGACGACGUAAUUCCUGUUGGAUCGGAAGUAACAGCGGGAGCUCGCUCGCCUGUGAAGGUAACUAUCUUUCUCCCCUUGGCGCGCUUCUCCGGCCAAGUCCCGUAAAUCCGCCGAAUUCCAGGAUUUACGGAAAGAUGGAAGCGGAGGAUUUAUUCCGCCGUGAGAUUUACCGGGAUCUCGUUUAGCAGGAUUUAGCAUAAAUCCUGCUGCCAAACAGCCCCUUACAGUUGAAACUUGGUAAAAACAUGAAUAUUACUGGCAUAGUUUCUUACAUAGAAAGACAAAUGAGGGUCUUCUACUGUUCUUGUCAACUAAGCCGAAAGGUAUCAUGCGCGGGUUCACAUGCAAGUGCUACUAGCUGGAUCAAUGUUAGCUGCGGAAGAUCUUCUAUACUUAGUUAUGGUUGGCAGCAUAGGUUGGUUAGAUAUCGAAAUUUACAUUUAAGCUCAAGCUUGCCCCAUCUUUCUAGCACUACCCAAUCGGUUUUGCCAUGGGAAAGCUCUUCAUGUGAAAGUCCCCUGAGGAAGCUUGAAGCUGCUUUGGAAGAGAACUGUGUGGAUGAUGCCUGGGAAUUUUUUUGCAGCUACAAAUGCUUGCAUGGUUUCCCUAAGCAAGUAGUAGUAAAAAAAAUGAUCAGCUUAAUGACCCGCUCAGUAAGUUCUCACUGGCUUCUUAAAGCAUAUCACUUGGUGCUUUUGGUUCUGUCAAAGAGUCCCUAUCUUCUUGACUAUGACUCUCUGACCAGACUAGCUCUCAUUCUUGCCAGAAGUCAAAUGCCUGUUCCUGCCUCCACAAUAAUCAGAAUUGCAUUAGAUAGAUUCAAGUUUCCAUCUUUUGAUGUACUUAGUACAUUGCUUUUUCAUUUGGUUAAGUCAGAUAUUGGAGCAUACCUUGCAUCUAAUAUUCUGAUUGAGAUUUGUGAACGGUCCUUGCAUAAGAAGCUUGUAUUGAAUGUUACAAUAUUCAACCUUGUAUUGAAUGCAUGCUUAAAGUUUGAGUCUUUCCAAAAGGCUCUGUUAAUAAUAAAGUGCAUGUCGCUUAUAGGAGUGGCGGUUGAUGCGAAUUCAAUUAUUAUCUUUGCUCAAAUAUAUGAGAAGCUUGGGCUGCGUGAUGAACUAAUGAGAUUGAAAGUGCAUGUUGAUAGUGUUCUUUCCAUGGCACUAAGUCGCCAUUACUGUCAGUUCUAUGAUAGCUUGUUGAGCUUGCAUUUCAGAUAUAAUGAUCUUGGUCUUGCCAUGGAGCUUAUGUUGGAUUUGUAUGAUCAAUCAAAGGACUUCCAAUGUGUUGAUAGUUUAAAUACACUAAAAAAUGAGUUGAGAAAACCUUUCUUGCUUCAGAUUGGAUCAGGCAAUCUGACUACGGGAUAUAAAGUAGUGCUUGAGCCUGAUCGGUUGAGGACUGAUUUCAUUGUGGAUUCACAAGGUCAAUCUACAUUGGUUCUCUUCUCUGAUGGAAAGCUUACUCCAAGUACCAAGGCUCUUGCAAAGCUUAUAAGUGGCUUUGUUAAAGAAAGAAGAUUUGAUGAAAUUUCAAAGUUUCUAAUUGGCAUUGAGGGUAAAAUCAAUUCAAAAGAACGCAGUUUUAGCACACUUGUGUUGGCUGCGUGUAUACAGGUGGGUUUGUUGGAGACUGCUCAUGAUGUUUUAGAUGACUUGGAGUCGGUUGGUAUUUAUGUUGAUCCCAGUUUGUACAAAUCACUUUUUCAAGCCUACUGGAAGGAAAACCUCUUCGGAGAAUCUAAAGUGCUACUGAAACAGAUGAGGAAAAUUGGCUUAUUUGAGAACUUAUCGGAUGAGGAUGCUGCACAUUCAUGUCUUUCUGGAGAUUGUACUGUAAAACCUCUCAGAUGUAAAGGAGAUUUUUCAGAGAACAAAUCAUGCUUGGCAGGGCAUCUAAGUAAAGAGAUCAGGGAAGGGGACUUGGUCUGUCCAUUGGUUUAUGAGUUUAACAGUACAAUUUUGUUCUUUUGCAAGGCCAAUAUGAUGGAAGAUGCUAUUAGGACUUUGAAGAAGAUGCAACAAAAAAACAUCCAACCUACAACCCAGACUUUCAGCUAUCUAUUAAAUGGGUAUUCUUCAUUGAAAAUGUAUCGCCAAAUCACAAUAUUAUGGGGAGAGAUUAAGCGAAGAUUGGAAGAUGGAGUUUUGUCUGUAGACCGGGACUUGUUAGAUUGUUUGCUUAUGAAUUUCCUUAGAGGUGGGUAUUUUGAGAGGGUAAUGGACAUUGUUAGUUAUAUUACAAGGUAUAACAUGUUUGCUGACAAGUGGAAAUUUAAGGAGGAAUUCCUCAAGCUUCACAAAGAUCUGUACAGGAAUUUAAAAGCUGUACAUGCAAAAACAGAUGCUCAAAGAAAGAGGCUCGAACAUGUUCAAGCCUUUAGGAAAUGGGUGAAUAUUGUUAGAAUGUAGGAGAGAUUCAGCUAUAGAUGCUACAAACUUGCUGCUUCAGUGUGGCUUUUGAUCAUCACCUGAUAUAGUUUGAGGAUUAUAUGCUAGAAGCUGCAGUAUUCCGGUAACUAUCAUUUGCAGUCCUUCAGUAGUUACUUUCUUUUUCCUUGAUUUAUGGAGAGUUUAUUUUGUGCGGACACCGGACACAACUUACCGUCCAGAGGCGAAUCAGGUGCAGCCACAUCAUCCAGUACAGAGCAGUAAUAAGCUCGGUACUAAGCAGUACCGAGCUACGGUCCUGACUAGGGAAUGACGUGGCGCAUUUUUAUUGGGCUUUAGGCGCCGUUCGGCAUCCGCACAUCAUAAUUCAUCUAAUUUAUGACACACAAUACGAAAAUCUUUACUAGUUCCAAGAAAACUUUUGGGAGCCGCUCUAUUAACUGAAUGCAUUUAAGUCUUUAAGAAAUAACAGAUGUAUCCCUUCAUCAUCUUUGCAGUUAAAACCGCCCUCAUGCACCUCAUUUGAAGUAAACAUGUAGUUAUUUUCUGCCAAAAUUUGUUAAGUUGAAAA